CUCCAUGACACUCGAUUACGCUCCAGAGCCAACGUGAUUUGUCGCUACCUGGCACCACGACAUGCCGUUACGCUCAAUCUAGCCCUUCAAUGGAGGCACUUCGAGCGGGUCCUGACGCAAAGGAGCCGGCGCCUCGAAUGCUCUUCGAACCACGACGUCCACCUGACCCUGAAUCCCACCGAGGGCACUUGCGAGGACGAAUCGGCUGAGCUGGAGCUGCAGUCAGCACGUCGGUAA